CAGGUACUGAGCACCUGCUAUGGGCCCAAUCCGAUGGUGUUGGGGAAGGGGCCCCUACAGGAGAUAGGCAGGAGACAAGAUGGGGUGAGGAGAGGGAGGUAGAGUUGUACCCCUCCGCAUACACUGGGCCUGAAUUCCUGGACCAAAGGCUACAGCUCCUGUAAGGGGCCCUUCCCUAUUCAGAUAUUUUGUACAGGUUCCCGGCCCCUCAAACCGUGGGAGAGGUAAGCACUCUCUGGAGUUGGUAGCCACGUGGCACUGCUGCGUCCCUUGUGGGAGUCCCUAAAUACUUUCUACUAUACUUUUGAAACCAUUCCUUUAUUAGAUCCUUCGCAAAUUACCCAAAUGAAAGCGUGUCAGCUGUGUUCUAUUGAUACUAACAGAAAACAGCUUGGCGAAUUUGAAGCGCAGGAAGGGCAAUUUGGCUUAAAUGAGUACGUGACGGAGAAGGUGCAACAACUAAGGCAGGAGCUAGCUAGCCCCUCAAGUAGGCAGAGACUGCUGGAUCCUUGCAGCCAGCCAUUAGGAAUCCGGAUGGGAGAGUGGAAGGAAGAGGAGUUGAAUGAAUGAAAGAACGCACACUACUUACUUUCAUGCCUACCUGUGACGAGGGGCUUCCUGCCCUCGAUUUGGCCCCAGCCCGGUGGACUUUCCCACGCUAUUUGUGUCGUUCUCUACCCAGCAGGAUGCUAGAGGGCCCCUCGCUGGAGGAGUCAGAGCCCGGCGCUGAGGCGCCCUGCUCAGGGUCUUGCCACGCGCAGCGCGUCCUGCAGACCCUCAACGCCUACCCUGGGAGCGGCACCCUCGCCGACGCGGUGCUGCGCGCUGGCGGCCACGACUUCCCGAGCCACCGAGCUGCGCUUGGCACGGGCAGCGCCCACUUCUGCAGCUUCUUCGCAGCCGGGCAGCCAGAGCUCGGUCAGGCCGUGGUGCCCGAGAUGCCGGGCGCCGGGCGCACCAGGGAGGCAGCAGCGCUGGCCGUGGCGCUCGGCGACGUGUUCCGUUCAGGCGGGCAGCUGCGCGCCGAGGACGAGGACGAGGCGGCCGCCGGGCGGCUGGGCGUGGCGGGCCUGCGCGAGGCCUGCGCGCGCUUCCUCGAGGGCAGCCUCCGCGCCAACAGCCGGGCGCUGCGCCACGUGGCCGCCGCCUUCCCGCCCCCCUGCCCGGCGGGGCGCUGCGGCCGCGGGCGGCGCCAGGGCUUCACCGAAGCGGUGCGCCACGCCGACUUUCUGAAGCUGGCGCCCGAGGACGUGGCCGCGCUGCUGGCGGACCCGGCGCUGGGCGUGGCGCGCGAGGAGGCCGUGUUCGAGGCGGCCAUGCGCUGGGUGCGUCACGACGCGCCGGCCCGACGCGGGCAACUGCGGCGCCUGCUGGAGCACGUGCGGCUGCCCCUGCUGGCGCCCGACUACUUCCUGGAGAAGGUGGAGGCGGACGAGCUGCUGCGGGCCUGCUGCGAGUGCCGCCCGCUGCUCCUCGAGGCCCGGGCCUGCUUCAUCCUGGGCCGGGAGGCAGGUGGGCUGCGCACGCGGCCACGGAGAUUCAUGGACCUGGCUGAAGUGAUUGUGGUCAUUGGCGGUUGUGACCGCAAGGGACUUAUGAGGUUGCCCUUCGCCGACGCCUACCACCCAGAAAGCCAGCGCUGGACCCCACUGCCCAGCCUGCCUGGCUACAUGCGCUCCGAGUUCGCUGCCUGUACUCUCCGCAAUGACAUCUAUGUCUCAGGAGGCCACAUCAACAGCCAUGAUGUGUGGAAGUUUAGCUCCCAUCUGCACACCUGGAUCAAGGUGGCCUCACUGCACAAGGGCAGGUGGAGGCACAAGAUGGUGGUCUUGCACGGACAGCUGUUCGUGGUGGGUGGCUUUGAUGGACUACAGCGCCUGCACAGCGUGGAGCGCUACGACCCCUUCUCCAACACGUGGGCGUCUGUGGAGCCGCUCCUGGAGGCCGUGAGCUCGGCAGCGGUGGUGCCCUGUGCUGGCCGGCUCUACGUGAUUGGGGGUGCCAGGCAGGACAACAUCAGCACAGACAAGGUGCAGUGCUUUGACCCCCAGGAGGACAGGUGGAGCCUGCAGUCACCAGCACCCUUCUCUCAGCGAUGUCUUGAGGCUGUCUCCCUCGAGGACACCAUCUAUGUGGUGGGAGGCCUCAUGAGCAAAAUCUACACCUACCACCCUGGUACAGAUGUCUGGGGGGAGGCAGCCAUCCUCCCCAGCCCCGUGGAGAGCUGUGGCGUGACUGUGUGUGAUGGGAAGGUCCACAUCACUGGUGGGCGGGAUGAUCACGGGGAAAGCACCGACAGGGUCUUCACCUUUGACCCCAGCAGUGGGCAGGUGGAGGCCCAGCCGUCCCUGCAGCGCUGCACCAGCUCCCACGGCUGCGUCACCAUUGUCCAGAGCCUGGGCAGGUGACUCAGAUUUGGACAGCCUGAGCCAGGAGCAGAGAGAGAAGGGAGAACUCAGGCUCACCACUCUGCUUUCCUCAUGGAACCGCCAUGUAAAUAGCCCCUUAACUUAUUGCCCCCCUUCUUGUAGAAAUAAAACGUCAU